AUUGCGUAAAAUAUUCCUAAUAUCGCACGGAAAUCCAAAGGGCAAGAAACUGGAAACAGCAAGUCACCAUCUCAUUUUCCCAUUGAUGAUGGAGUCUCUUUUUUAAAUCAAUGCCCACCCAUCAACCUACCCAUAUGAAUUUCUCGACGACCCAGAUUCUGAAUUCAAUCAAAAUUCCGAAGCUAUGGAAGAUGAAGGAAGAAUCAACCCUCUAUUGUCCAAAACCAAGUCAAAUUUAAACCAAUACGGGUUUGAGCUGAAGAGCUUCGGAUCUUGUCUCUCGUGGGUCUGCUUAGAUCAGUCUAGUUUAUGGAAAGCUGGGUUCUCAUGGUCUGUCUUCUUCCUCCUCGCAGUGGGUUCUCCUCUGGUUUCCCACUUCGUUCUUCUCUGCUCUGAUUGUGAUAAUAAGCACAGGAGACCUUAUGAUGCACUGGUUCAGUUGUCUCUUUCUGUUUUUGCCGCCAUUUCUUUUGUGUGUUUGUCUUGUUGGGCUCGCAGGUAUGGACUCAGGAGGUUCCUGUUUCUGGAUAAGUUGGGUGAUUUGAGUGAGAAAGUUAGACAUGGAUAUGAGAGGGAGCUUCAGAAAUCGUUGAAGCUCCUCUGCAUUUUUGUCCUCCCUUCUUUUGCCCUUGAGGGUAUAUACAGGAUAUGGUGGUAUGCUACAGGAGCCUCCCAAAUACACUUCUUUGGGAACAAGUAUGCCAGUUAUAUCAUAUCGUGCACUUUGCAGCUAUCCUCAUGGCUUUACCGAACGUCCAUUUUCAUUCUAGUGUGCAUUUUUUACCGCGUAACUUGCUAUCUGCAAGUACUU